AUGAGAACAGAAAUACAAUUAUUAUCCUUAUUCUUGCAUAAAUUAAUCAAAUCGAAAUUAUUAUAUAUUAUUUUUAAUGAAUUAGAAAAGCAAAAAUUGUCAUUAUACUUCAAGAGAUAACAAUCUUACAAUUCCACCUACUCGUAGAGGAAUUUCGAAUUUUCUCUUAAAAACUUACUCAAUGGUUAUGGUAUGUAAGACAUCUUUCAUUUUCUUAUAAUUCAGAGCUUUAAUUUGUGAAUCAAAUAUAAUGAUUUGAGAAUUAAAUUCUGGAAAAUUACAUUAUGAACCAAUAUAUUAAUAAUUUUAAUAUAAAUUAAAUAAUUAGAAUCCAGAAUUUGAGAAUAUCAUCUCAUUUAAUAGUGCUGGAAAUGCCUUUAUAGUCAAGGAUUAAAAUGGAUUUAGUGAUUAUGUGCUACCAAAACAAUUUAAACAUUAAAACUUUAGUUCUUUUAUAAGAUAAUUGAACAUGUAUGGUUUUAAGAAGAUAAGAAAUGUCAAUAAUUAGAAUCAGUUCAGUCAUCAUUAUUUUUUAAAAGAUAGAGAGUACUGAAUUUGAUUAGAAUAGAGAUCUACUAUAAAAAAUAAUUAGAAAAAACAGUGUUAUUUAGAGAUUUCAUUAUAUAAAAUUAUAGAAUAAAGCAAAAAAAGAAGUUGAUUAAUUAAAUUCCAACUAUUUAGAAUUGAAGACAGAUAUAGAAUAAAUAUAAAAAGAACUCAUUUAUUUUUAUUAAUAAUUUGACUAAGUUAAAUUUGUUAUUAUUAUUAUUAGUUUUAAUCUAGUCUAUCAACUUUGAUUGAUUCCUCUAGACAAUAAAUUAAAGAAUUAAGCAUUAUCAAGAAUCAGAAUUCCUUUUGUAAUGAUUUACUUUUUUAAGUAUUGUCUAAUGUAUCUAAAUCAUAACCUGAAUAAAAUUAUCAUUGUAAAUAUUCAAUUUAUAUAUUGUAUUAGUCCAAUAUCCCUUUGUUAAUUCAACUCAAUAAACUUAAACUACUAAAAGUAAUAGAAGUGAUAAAGAUGAAUUGAAUAAUGAUAAUGAAAAUAAUAACAAUUCAAGUAAAGAGGGUAAAAUCGAUAUUAUUUUUAUUAUUUUAAGAUACCAAUCAAAGUUUUUAGAGUAAUUCUUUUAGAGAACCUUAAUAAUAAUAAUUGAAAUCAGAUUGA